UUUGAAUAAUCUAAACCUGGCUUGUGAGAGAGAAGAAAAGAGAAGGGAUAUGGGAAAUUUCUAUGGAUUGAAAUUGAUAACGAUGGCUAUUGGCCUUGGGGGGUCGCUAUAGCGGGGCCGUCCUGCCUGGUUCUUGACCUAGUUUUUGACUUCAUCCUAAAGCAAAGGGCGAAGUUUCUCACCAUCCCGGGUACUGCUUAAAAUAAUAACGCAGUUUCUGUUUCUUAUCUUCGUCUUCUGGGAUCAAUUAAGAAAAGGAAAUCCAGAGAUAAUCAAAUAGUGAAGAGAAGAUGGGUAAUCUGUUCUGUUGUGUACAAGUUGACCAAUCGACUGUGGCUAUCAAGGAAAGAUUUGGCAAAUUUGAUGAAGUACUUCAGCCAGGAUGCCAUUGCUUGCCUUGGUGCCUUGGAAGCCAGCUUGCUGGGCAUCUCACUCUUCGGUUGCAGCAAUUGGAUGUGAAGUGCGAGACCAAGACAAAGGACAAUGUUUUUGUCAAUGUGGUUGCAUCCAUUCAAUACCGUGCCCUGGCUGACAAGGCAAGUGAUGCCUUCUACAAACUCAGCAACACAAGAACCCAAAUACAAGCUUAUGUUUUUGAUGUAAUCAGAGCUAGUGUCCCAAAGCUUAACUUGGAUGAUGCUUUUGAGCAGAAAAAUGAUAUUGCCAAAGCUGUGGAAGAUGAACUUGAGAAGGCUAUGUCUGCUUAUGGGUAUGAAAUCGUACAAACACUUAUAAUUGAUAUUGAACCAGAUGAGCAUGUGAAGCGAGCAAUGAAUGAAAUUAAUGCAGCUGCAAGAAUGAGGGUGGCAGCUAAUGAGAAGGCAGAGGCUGAGAAAAUCUUGCAAAUUAAACGAGCUGAGGGUGAGGCCGAGUCUAAGUAUUUGUCUGGUCUGGGUAUUGCUCGCCAGCGACAAGCUAUUGUGGAUGGCUUGAGAGACAGUGUGCUAGGCUUCUCUGUUAAUGUGCCUGGGACCACAGCAAAGGAUGUCAUGGACAUGGUACUUGUUACCCAGUAUUUUGACACCAUGAAAGAAAUUGGUGCUGCCUCGAAAUCAUCUGCCGUGUUCAUCCCACAUGGACCUGGUGCAGUUCGUGAUGUUGCUACUCAAAUCCGUGAUGGCCUUCUUCAGGGUUCUAGUCACCAGUAGUGUUGUUGAUUUUCCAUUUGUAUGCCUCUAAUAAGUUCGUGCAUGGACGUUGAUAUUUAUAACUGGUGUACUAUAAUCCAACAUGAGUGACUGUCAUAUUAGUUUGUUAACAAUGAUUAUCAUUGUUAAUAGGAAGUUUGAAGAUGUCCCAUGUAUGUUAAGUUGAUCA